AGAGCCUCCUAGCAGCCCCCCUACCCCGGCCCACAGUGCACCCGUAUAUAGGUGCCCUAUACCUAGGGAUGCCAACCCUCCAGGAUUGUCCUGGAGUCUCCAGGAAUUAAAGAUUCAUCUUUCAUUAAAGAGUAUGUUGUGAUGAAACCUCCAGGAAUACAUCCAACCAAAACUGGCAACCCGGACUGUACCACGCCAGGCUGUUAAACCAGAUCAGCUUCCCCUCGUGUAGACGCAGGUCUGGCGCUGCUAUUCCUGUAUGGGAAGGGGAAUAAACUAGACCAGCAUAAGGCACCUUUAUCCCCGUGUAAACCCUGCUCCACACUACGAGUCUAGGUCGAAUUUAGCAGCCUUAGGCUCUUAUCACUGAUUUCUGUACUGCUCCCUGGUGAGGGGUUUAGCUCUAAAAUCGACCUCGCUGGGUCGAAUCUGGGGUAGUGCGGACGCAGUUGGACGGUAUUGGCCUCCGGGAGCUAUCCCAGAGUGCUCCACUGUGACCGCUCUGGGCAGCACUCUCAUCUCGGCUGAACUGACCAGGUAAGACAGGAAAAGCCCCGGGAACUUUUGAAUUUCAUUUCCUGUUUGGCCAGCGUGGGGAGCUGAUCAGCAGGUGACCAUGCCGAGCUCCUCAGCACAGGGGACCAUGCAGUCCCAGACUCCCAAAGGAGAUCCAGCCUGGACCGAGCGGGAGGUGCUGGAUCUGAUCUCUAUAUGGGGAGAACUCCGGGACCACGACGCCGGGGAAGGCACCUCCGCUGCAAAUGUUUCUAUGCUCCCCCGAUCGUUUCCGUCCCAGAGGCUGGCGCGGAUUAGAAGGCGAAACAAACGCACGUGCGACGAGAUGUUCUCCGAACUCUUGCAGGCUGCAAGAGCCCAGCAGAAUGCGUGGAGGCAAACAGUGGCAGAGUUCAGGAAAGCCGAAAAUGAACGCCAGGAGAGGAGGCGGGAGCGAGAGGAGAGGUGGCGGGAGCAGGAGGAGAGGUGGCGGGAGCAGAAGGAGAGGUGGCGGCAGCGUGAUGGGAGGACACGGGAUGCAAUUCUGAGGCUAAUCCAGGAGCAAACUGACCUGCUCAGGCGUCUGGUGGAGCUGCAGGAAAGGCAGCAGGAGCACAGAGCGCCGCUGCAGUCCCUGUAUAACCGCCUGCCCUCCUCCCCAAGUUCCACAUCCUCCUCACCCUGACGCCCAAGAACGCGGGCGCAAGGGGAGGGCUACGGGCACCCAGCCUCUCCACCCCAGAGGACUGCCCAGGCAACGGAAGUCUGGCAUUCAAUACGUUUUGAAGUGCAGUGUGGCCUUGUCUUUCCCUCCUGCCUUAAUCCCCCACCCCACCCGGUGCUUCCCGCC